AUGGAAAACUUGAAAUGUAGAACUGAGGUUUGAAGCCAAAGAGAGUGAUGCAGUCACAGGAGUGGAUUCAACGUCUUAUUAAGUUUGUGUGACAACCAUCGAAAGACAUGUUAAUCCGUACCACGUAACGCUUUAGAGCGAGGCAGUCAUUGUAUGGCUUUUUCGCUGAGGUAUUUAAAGGUUUUAGAGACAUUAAAAUGCUUCUGUGGACAAUUUUAGGACUCAUGUUCUUCACCUGUUCCUUAAGUGUUUCAAGUAAGUGUGCUAUUUAUUGUAUAUGCAUGAAAUGAUGUAAUGAAGUGUUCCAUGAAUAUGUCAGAAGGUAUCGUUAAAACGGUGCGCAGAUAAACGUGGUCAACGAGUAACAGUUUAUGCUUUAGAACUUUGUCUUCUUUCUUUGUCCGACGGAUUUAACAGAUUUAAGUCAAAGGAACAGCCCUAGAUCUCAUUUUUUAUCCACUACAGAUAGGGAAAUUCUGCCGAAAUCAGCACAGACAUCGCAAAGUAGCUGUAGACAAUCGUAAUUGUCAAGGUUAAGUUUACGACCAAGCUUCUUUGGUAUUACAGUAUUAUAGAACAGGCUCGCUCAGAGACCAUGAAUUAUUUAACUCCACCGUUCAAUAGUGUAAGUAAAGUUAUCAUGCCUACUUUGUUUUGAGUUUCCCAAAUAUAAACCCGAUCUCUUGAAGAUUGUUUUCAAAUGUGCCUAAAAACGUGAUAGUUGAUGCCGCCAUUUUGAAUAUUCCUUAACUCGUCGGCUGAUUACCUGUGCGGAAACUAAGUCCGCUCGUUUCGUCUCUCGGAGAUCGUUUUGAAUAAUCAGGAUCAACAGUAAAUGGUAGUUUUGCCCAUUCUUUAGUUUCUAGGAAAGAAACUGUUUGUUCAGCGAUUGACGUGCGAUGUGCUUUCGCGUAUGCGUUUGUUUAUUGAGUUGUUAUCAAAUUGACAGCGACCGAAUUCGAAUUUGAAGGACAUUUGGAUAAAACUUUAAGUAGCUAAUUCAUUCUCUCUUCAGACUCUCAAACCACGUCAGGGGCUGGGGCUUUCUUCUCCUUUUAUCGUAACGGAACUAUAAUUCACAUUCUCACCGACAAGGCUAAAACGAAAUACUGGGACAGGUAAAACGUUCAAGCAUACGAUUUAUAGUCCAGCCUGUAUUAAGCGGCACUGUAUUUAAGCAGUCACCUGUAAUAAGCGGUCAGUUGUCGAAGUCCUGAAUUUGAUUUCUGCAAAUCACUGUAAUCUUCACCACUAUUAAGCGGUUACCUCUAUUUAGCGGUCGCGGUCUCCCUUUUCUAAGUCCCAACAGUUUACAUUGAACAGCCACUGAAAGCGGAACCAGUCAAAUAAAACUAAUAAUAAUCUUUCAAGAAAUUUUAAUCCUUGUUUCUCACUCAAAAUCAUAGUAAUAUUAUCGAGCGAGAUUCUAUACACAACGUGGUCAAUUCUAGCAUAAAUGGCGUUGUUUAUCGGUUUUUAACCUCUAGUGCAAAGCACAGACACAUUGCUUUGACGCUAAAAAAUAUGAGUAAGUGCUUCAUUUAUGACAAACUAUGAAGUUCCUUUGAGGUUUCUCAUAUAACGGCGUACAUGAUGUAUUUGGUAAGUAUUCUUUUCUGGGCAAGAUCAUCGAUAAUCACUUGGUAUUCCCUCUUAACCCGAAAUAAACAACCGAUGAAAACGUAUGGCAAUCUGAACCAGACGAAUUAGUGACGAGGACAAACUCAUGAAUACUGAUAAGGCUGAUGAGCUGAUGAGGGUCCAAUGACACACAAUUUCCAUCCAGAAAUCCCAGAGACGUUCGCAACAAUUUGUAAGGCUUAACAUUCUUAAGACCAUGCGAAUCACCAGUAGAAAAAUUCACAUAAAAUACAGAGGUAAACUUUCAGAGCUUUGAUUAAAGAGAGUUGUCAUACAGGCAUUCAGUUAAAAAAAUACUUUCACUUAUUCAUUUCAAUGCAGUCUGCUUUGUGACCAUGCACCAUUUGAUUAUUUUUUACUUUCUCCAGAAUGCACUCGUUGGCCAGCUGGAAGAUAUGGUCUACCCAAACCAGUAUCCGGGUGUCCCUGGUCAGAAGAUAUUUUGUGGAGAGAAGGAUGGAGGUCCCAAGGCACCUUCGGAAUACAAACGAACAACUCAAGGUCACCCGAAUUUCACCUUGAUGGAAAGGUGAAUAGCAAUGAGGUCAAAAGAUCCUUCUGUAUUAAAUACCGUAUGACAAGUGACAGGAACAGACCUCCAUGGCCGAAAGGUGGGUUGCAAUUUGUUCUCAUGAAAAUUUUUGCCGCACAACAUGUGUCCUCCAUUUAUGCUCAUUGCUAACCUGACUCGAAACAAGGCCUAUAAACUAUCAAUUUCUUGCUUUGCACCAUUCUUUUUGAACAGUAAGGCCGUUAUCCGUUGAUCUCUCGUCGUCAGUGGUAUUCAAUACCUUCUCGUCAUUUUCUGAUCUCUUACAGGGAAGUACUGCAUCUACAAAAGAUAUCCGGGAUGCCCUGAAGGUUUAACAUCAGGUGAACUCUUCUGGGAUGAUCAAGACGGCUAUCGGAUUAACGAAGAUUACGGAGUACUUCCCGAGGGCAGAUAUGACCACGACACAACUAUCAACUUUUGCUGCAGAACAGACGGUGAUAGAGAUGACCCAGUUCUUCUUCCAGUGAAAUCUCCAUUUUUUCUUCUGGCGUAUGAGUCGGCAAAGUGCCAGAUGGUCAAAUGGGCUGUUUCUACUGUGGAGUGGAUACAUUAUGAUACAGAAGAUUCGGACAACCAAGACGAAGCACUUGGUGCGUACCCUUACAACGCUGGAAAAAUUCAUCCCACCAUUUUUUAUUGUUACUACCGAGGUGAGGGUCAAUCGCCUCGCAGUUGAAAAAUGAUCAGCAAGUAUUGAAAUAAUCAAUGGACUCGUUUAAAGGUGUCCAGUUGUGUUAUAGACUUACAUACUUUUGAUUGUACUGGAAACUGUCGGAUACCAUAUUCGAGUUUAACGAACAUUAGGCGAUCUUCCCUCAGAAGUGGUAUGUUUAGAUAAAUCAAACGAACGACCAAGACAAAGCACCAUGCUGGAAAAAGUCACCCCGCUAUUUGUUAUUUUUACUAUGGAAGUGAGGCUCAAUUGCCUUUGGCGGCCAUAGCCUUUGCCUUUGGCAACAGUUUUGGCGGCGUCCAGUUGUGUUAUACCUGUAAUCUAUACAGCCUUUUCUUUACAUUGGCAAUUGUCAAUAGCACACUGAUAAUUACCGGAGUCUUGAGAAACCAUCUUAGAGAUUGACGAACUUUUGAGUGAACAUUCCACCAGAGGAUCACUGGUUCUGUAUUGAAAGUUAUUCAUGUAUAUUUGUUAUUUCCUAGGGUGCAACGAAACUCUCACCUCAGUCAGCGGUACCUUCCAUUCACCAAAUUAUCCAAGAAAUUACCCCCAUGGCCAAUAUUGCUCUUGGAAAAUAAAGGUUAAUACAACCCUACGUAUUCGAUUGACGUUUAAAAACUUUAGUCUUCAGAUCGAGAAAAACACGGACCAGUUAUACGUUUAUGAUGGGGAGAAUGCAACAGGGAAGAUACUGGAUGUGUUUUAUGGGGAUCAUCCUCCCCCAAAGGAAGGAAUUUACUCUUCUUCCAACAGCUUAUUCGUGAUCUUCAAGUCAAACAAGAAUGAUUCUUUUGCCGGCUUCAGUGCUUACUAUGACACUAUUUAUGAUCCGGGUAAGUAAUUUUCACCCUUAAGUUUAAUACCCAUGCCUUGCAAUAAUAGGCAUUUCUCCUUUUUUCCGGAGUUUAUAAGGAGCCAUGUUAGAAAUUAACGAACAUUUAGGCGAAAAUUCUACCAGCGGAUCACUGAUUCUACAUGGAAAGUUAUUCAUGUAUAUGUGCAUUUUUUAUUUCCUAGGGUGCAACGAAACUCUCACCUCAGUCAACGGUAUCUUCCGUUCACCAAAUUAUCCAAGAAAUUACCCCCAUGGCCAAUAUUGCUCUUGGAAAAUAAAGGUUAAUACAACCCUACGUAUUCGAUUGAUGUUCACAGACUUUAGUCUUCAGAUCGAGAAAAGCACGGACCAGUUAUACGUUUAUGAUGGGGAGAAUGCAACAGGGAAGAUACUGGACGUGUUUUAUGGGGAUCAUCCUCCUCCAAAGGAAGGAAUUUACUCUUCUUCCAACAGCUUAUUCGUGAUCUUCAAGUCGGACAAGAACGACUCUUAUGCCGGCUUCAGUGCUUACUAUGACACUGUUGAUGAUCCGGGUGAGUAAUUUUCACCCUUAAGUUUAAUACUCAUGCCUUGCAAUUAUAAGCAUUUCUCCUUUUCUUCAUAUUUAGAAUUUCAACACAAGCUGCCUAUCUAUUAAAAAUCGCUCACAUGCUUCAAAACGUACUAAAUAAUAAAAUGUUGUGUUUAUGUUGAUACAGGUGUUAUAUUUUCCAUCAUACAGUAAACUUAUAAAUUCAUCAAUUUUACAAUAGAUGUGCACCUUUCCACAACACCAGCACCGAUGGUCAGCAAAAACCCGAAAUUGACACAGAAAUCAACAUCCAUUACCGAUAUACCAUCCAAGGAAAUUGAGCCAUGUAAUGAAAGAGAACAUCUGGGAGUCAAAGGUAUCCUGAUGCAAUAACUUUCUAUACGUUAACGAUACGAGUUAAUUCAGCCCGGGCUCAAAGUUAUUCUUUCUAAAGGGAGUUUUUUAUAUCCAACGGAAACGUUUCAUGUAUAAAUUGUACUAAAUCUGUUAGAUUUUUUAAUGUACUUUCAGAGUUUGUUUAAGAUUACAUCUUUGGAAUGUUUCUUUGUGUGUUUGAUUUUUUUUUCAGGUACGCAAGCUGAACGGGAACGGGAACAGGCCACGAUCAAAAAAGACAUUGUGUAUGGAUCUGUGAUUGGAAUACUUGCCUUACUGCUGGUAGUAUCUUUAUUUUACCAAUGUAGAAAGAAACACAAACGUAAGUGAUUGCGUUGGAGUAUCAUAUCAAUCAGAAUUUUAGUGUGACCUUAAUGAAACUGCGAACAUUUACAACGUGAAAACCAUUUUCUACCUAUCGAGGGCUGAAACUGAUCGCUUCAUUAUUCAUUCAUUGCAAUUACAAUUUGAUUUGGAAUGAGAAGGAAGAAGUCUGCUGAAUUGAUGAUAAUAUCAAGACCCUUAUGGUGAAAAAUACACAUUAGAAAAUAUUGCUAAAGCCACUAUACCGCUCAGGUUUACAGUCCUCAUUCAUACACUUGAUAUAACCUGUCAGCAACCUAAUUCAUGUUUUAUAGCAGUCAUGUAAUUAAGUAAGUCGUAACAAAAAAUUAUUACUGACGCUUUUGUUCUACAACGCAGAAGAAGCAGCUGAAAUUAAAAUCAACGAUCAGAAGUUCACCAGCCAACAACAUGAUCCUGAGAAUGGCAUGGGAGAAGAAACGAUACCGUUUCAAAGAAGUUCAGAAGGAAGGACGUCUCUGGACUAGUCAAAAGAUUGUACACCACCAUCUGCUGGACUACCAUCGGUGGCAGUUCCCAAAGACAAUGUCGUUAUUUUAAAGAUAACUUAAAGAUAAUGUAAAACGAAGAAGCUAUAAACAAGAACCAGCUCUCCAAGGAAAGUUUUACUGAACUGCGCUGAACGUGGAAAUAAACCUCUAUGAUGUAUGAUGCAAAGAGGCGAUUUACAAAUCUUUUAAGUUUGCUGUUUUAAAGGGGUGUAUUUCUUUUUAUUUUGUCGAAAUAAACUGCUUAGGGUCAUGGCUACAUAGCAGCUUAAUAAAAAAGUUACUUCUACUCAGUGAUCACCUUUGAUCGUCCUAAUUACUUCCACGACCUGAGCGAUUAUCCUUUUCAAUUUCGUGGGGAAGGGGGUACUAUUUGACAUGUUGCUUUUUCUCUGUCGAAGAGGAAAACAUUUUAAAUUACCCUGCAACUAUCAACUCAUAAACUAAAGUAUAUGCCUCUAGUGAAACUCUGAUAAUUAUCUUAAUUAUAACAUGUAUAAUUCGCCCAAUCAGAUGAUAUAAAAGAAUACUUCUGGGUCGGUUUGAUUAACCCUUUCACUCCCAAGAUGUAAAUAUCAAUUCUCUGCAAUGUCUACCAUACAUGUCUUACUUAUUCAGGUUUGAAAAUUUGAUGUUUAAAUCAAACAAUAUCCCCCCUAGAACAUAAAUAAAAAACCACACGACUGGGCUUCGAAUAGGAAAAAACUAGCAAGGAGGGCUAAGAAGAAUAAUAGCAUGAAUCGCAGAUGAAGAACUUGAAUAUAAAGAAACGAGUCAGAUCCAUUGACCGUUACGCAGUCGUAAGCCGCGAGUUCGACGUGAUAUAAAAUUUGCGUGACAACCAUUGAGUGAUAAACGUUUGCAUACUUAUAUCUUGACCGGUAUAUCCGUAUCAAGUCACGCUUUAUGAGGAUUCGAAACAGAGUAAAGAUCAUAUGCUUCAACACAUUGGAGAUAUUUCAAAGAUCUUAGCGACAUUAAAAUGCUACGGAGGACAAUUUUAAGACUGAUAGUCUUUGCCAGUACUUUACGUUUGUCAGGUGAGUUAUGUGCGAGAGAUUCCGCUGAGAGACAUAAAUAUAUAAGUAUACAAUGAAAAUGUCGCUUAGCGAGGUGCUUAGACACUCUUGUUAAACGAUUAACAGUUAAUGCUUCAAGAAUUUUGUUUUCUCCCUUUACCUGACAGGUUUAAUGUAAAGGCGUUAAACAUAAAUUCCUUCCUUAGUUAUCCACUAGAGAAGGUAACAUUCGGCUGACAUAGUCACCAUUCCCGAAUAGAUAAAUACGACGGUGUAAUUUGAGUGUAGGUAUUGCAUACUUUCAUUAGGAUUACAGUAUCAGCGUAGCCAUGAAACUGUAUCUUUUUUUUUAUCCUGACACAGCCAAUACGAAAUGCUAAGAUAGGUAAAACGUUUAAGCAUUCGCUGUGCCUCUUUUUAUGUUACGUGAAAUAAUGUUAUUCGAUGAGUUAUGAUGUAACGUUAUUCAUAAUACUCCGUUGACCACUCAAGUGAUCAAAGGGUCAAAACAUUUGAAGAAGCGGAAGAAGCGGACGUCAGAUGUUAAAGAAUUCGAAAAAAAAAAUAUGGGGUGGAAAAUUGGAAAGUCUUAACCUGCAUUUCAAGGAGGUAUUUCAAAUCGAUUUAUUCAAAUUUCUUAUUAAUAAUUGGUUUACCUUCAGAAUCUGUUUGGUGGCCUGCUGGAUCAUAUGGAAUACCAAAACCUGUGUCUGGCUGUCCUAGGACUACUGGCUUUCAGUGGAAGAAAGGAUGGAGGUCUCAGGACACAAAUGGUGCAUCAUCAAAAAAUGCCAGAUCCCUUGACUUCCACCUCGACGCCGAAGUAGAUGAGACCAAAGUCCAAAGAUCAUUCUGUAUAAAAACAUCCACAAUUGACGACCAUAACAGACCGAAGUGGCCACAAGGUAAUAACUAAGAGUCGUGAGGUUUGGGGGUUAGGGUUAGGGUUAGCCCCAGACAACGAGACCGUUGAAAAUAUGUUGUUUAAGAAGCGGAGGUCUUAAUCAUGAAAUAGUCCCUUUAUUUUUGCUAAGUUUUGAAUGUGUUGUAUAUCAUACAUGGUCAGUCUUCCAGGGAAAAUUACCACUAUUAUUGGAUGUUCGCCUACAAAAGAAAGUGUGUUCAGAAGCCGGAUGAUCUAAUUUGUUGACUUGUAUCGUGUUUGUAGGACCCCAACGAACACUAGAAAUUAAAAACCUGAAAUUCAAUCAGACGUGCUCGCGACGGCCAGCACUGAAUAAGAAAGCUAUCAAAGAAGGGACACUUGUACAUGACUGUUAAUGUACGUAGUCUAUGACAUGACCUUGGUCUACAAACAUGAAACCAAUAUUCAGUUGUCAUUCAUGCCGAUCAAUCCCUGCAGGACAAUAUUGUAUCUACAAAAGGGGACCCUGCCCUGCAAACUUUGGAAAAGGCUUUGUCUACUGGGAUGAUGACGACAGUAAACAAAAUAAAAAUAAACAUAAUGGAACGCUUCCUGAUGGUACGUACAACGAGAACACGAGAAUCGAGUUUUGCUGCAAAAGUGACGGGGAAAAAGAUACUUCUAUUCUCCUUCCCUCCGAAUCUCCAUUUUUCCUGCUGGCUUACAACUCAGGCAAAUGUCAGAUGGUCAAAUGGGCGAUAGCCAGUGUAGAGUGGAUUUAUUAUGAUACUCAAAACAAAAACAACCACGAUGGAAGAGGCGACGAAUUCCCUUAUGAUGCCGGUAAAAAGCAUCCCAAAAUGUAUUACUGUUACUACACUGGUGAGUAAAAAGUUACCUCUACUUUUUAUAUUUUGAAGAGAUCAUACACAGAUACAUGUUGGCUUAUGCACGUUCGUAAGCUGACACGAUUAAAAUUCCAUUUGUUGAAGUAGGUAAAAAAAAAUCCAUCUUGGAUGUGAAAAAAAGGUCUCAGCAGUUGCUGAAGGCGUCUCUCACCUAACGUCUCAACACCCUCUAGUGGCCUCUUCGGCUUCAUUUUUUUACUCUGCCCAGCUAUUAAGUGGCAAGAGUGAUAUUACGAUACGUGAUACAAAGGGAUCUAAUAAACUAACGUUCAAAUUAACAAAUAGAUUCCAAGUUGCCGUGCGUCUGUUCAGUAAUAGAUCACAGAUGACGUCAAAAUGUGGUAAGAAGAAAAAAGUGGCACACAAAGCGCAGCCGAGAGUGUCACUGAUGUUCUUACCACAUUUUGACAUCCUCUGUGAUCUAUUACUGAACAGACGCACGGCAAAUUGGAAUCUAUUUGUUUUAUAUCAUAAAAAAUUAAAAAAAGUUUUAGUGAUGACGUCAUCUAUACAUCUGUCCUCCUAUAGAUCAUAAGUAAGAACCAAUCAGAAUGCGUGCAUAACUGAGCUUAUUAUAUAAACUAGUAUAGAUGCUUCGUUACGACCAUCAUCAUUUCUCCGUCAUCAUCAUCAUCAUCAACAAAAAUGCAACUCUCAUUCAACUUUAUUGUGUACAUGUAUAACACCAGGUGAAGUUAAAUUUGUAUAUACACAUAAAAUUGUGUGGAUAAAGGGGUACGUUUAAGAAACUGGUGUUGCGUCGGUGGGGAGUAUAAUAAGAUAAUUCGGUCGUCUUUCGCUCUGACGAAGGGCUAACGCUCGCAAAGUCAGCUUUUGAAACUCUUUACGGUGUAUAAUUUACAUUAUCAAGUUAGUUGAUGAAACCAAAUUAUCCUGUGAAAUUAUGUGUAUAUUAAACCAUAUAUACAUGACAUAUGUGUAUAUCUGUUCUCAGGUUGUAAUAAAACUCUAGCUUCAGCCAAUGGCACUUUCCAUUCACCGAACUAUCCAGGAAAGUACCCGAAUGGUCAAUACUGCUCGUGGACGAUCACAGUUAACCUAACACAACAGAUCUUAUUGAUUUUUACUGAAUUUAGACUGCAAAACAAGAUUAACACCGACGAAUUAUACGUUUAUGAUGGAAAAGAUUCAAAGGGGGAGGUGCUAGGAGUCUUUUAUGGAGGUCACCCUCCCCCAGAAAAAGGAAUGUACUCUUCAUCUAAGCACAUGUUUAUAAUUUUCAAGUCAGACAAAAAUAACUCUUACACCGGCUUUAAAGCGUCUUACUUUGGUGUCAAUAUUUCAGGUAAGUAUUGUUUG